UCGGUCGCGGUGACAACACCACCAUGGUCGGCGACGACCCGGACGAGAUGGGCGACAACCUCGUCGCAGUGUCGGUUGGGGGCACCGUGGCUGAGAUGGCCCUGGGUGAGGACCACACCUGCAUGCUCCUGGACUCCGGAGAUGUGGUGUGCUUCGGCAAGAACGACUCCGGUCAGCUCGGCCUCGGGGACACGUCGACCCGCGGCCAGAUCGCGGGGGACGUGGGCGAGGCGGCUGACCUGGGCGCGGGACUGUCGGCGGUGGCGGUGGCGGCGGGGUGCAGGCACACUUGCGGGUUGCUCGACGAUGGGACCGUCAAGUGCUUCGGGUAUACCACAGGCACCACGGACAACAUGGGAGACGACGCGGGCGAGAUGGGUGACGACCUUCCGGCGGUGUCUCUCGACGGCACCGUGUCCGCUGUGGCGGCCGGCUGCGACCACACCUGCGCGCUCAUGGACGACGGCACCGUCAUGUGCUGGGGGCGCAACACGCACGGCCAGCUCGGUACCGGCGACAGCGAUGACCGCCUGGAUGGGUCUGGCCUUGAGCUUGUAGCUGUGGAUCUCGACGGUUCCGUGGCGACCGCCAUCGCCGCGGGCGAGUCGCACACUUGCGCACUCCUUGACGACGACUCCAUCAAGUGCUGGUAA